GUAGAUCUGAAAACGCCCCGGGUAAAUUCGUGUCAUCAUUUCGUUGCAACGUUUUUUUUUGCAUUAAAAGUGUUUUUGGAGAUUGGAAAUGUCUGCAUGUAAAGAAAUGAACAAACAACUUUUUGAUGCUGUGGAGAGAAAUGAGGUGGAGGCAGUCACUCGUUUGAUUAAAAGUGGUGCAGACGUUAAUACACGCCGUUGGUCUGGGAAUUGGACUCUUCUGAUACAAGCUAGUCAUGACGAUAGCAAGGAAAUGAUUGAGGUGCUAUUAAGAAGUGGAUCGGACGUGAAUAAGACUACCAAAUAUGGAAUGACAGCUUUGAUUUGGGCAGCGAUUAAUGGAAAUGAGAAGAUUUUUGAUUUACUCAUCAAACAUCAUUCAGAUUUUUUGAAGAAUGAUAAAUGGGGAAGAACGGCUAUUCAUUAUGCUGCUAUAUGCAAUCACGUGACUAUUAUAGAGAAGCUCUUUUUUCUUAGCCUCGGUUCCAGACGUAACUCAUCAAAUUGUAACCAUAAACUAAGUGGUAUUGUUCUUGUUGUAGACCAAUCAAAACCACCGCUCGGAGCGAGCGGGAAGUUCCUAUUGGUGCGGAGCGUUUCAUGUUUAAUAGCUUUCCCGCCCCUGAACUCGUCUGCAGUACAAGUGCGCCCAGACGCUCUCCCGCUCGCUCCUCCUACUUUUGACCCCAUAUACCUGUCACGUGCAGCGCGUACGGGAAAGCGUCUGGAACCGAGGCUACUUUUUCUUGGUGUGUCUGUUGAUAUCAAUGAUAAUGAAGGCUGUACACCACUGUGGUUAGCUGCUCGUAAUGGUCAUGUUUCUUGUGUUGACUUUCUUUUAAACCAUAGAGCAAGUCCUCACCAUAAAAGUCAGAAGGGAUCACCACUGGAUGUUGCUAAGCAACAUGGUCAUGUUGAUGUGGUACAGAUGAUGGAAGAAGCCAUAAGAUCGAAUGAUGAGGAAGUGCGUGUGUGUGAUGUUGAACAGAAAGAACAGAUGAUAAGUCAACUGAAACAAGACAAUGAGAAGUUGAAAGAAAAACUGAAACAAUCAGAGCAUGAGAGGGAAGUGAAAGAGAAGGAAAUAGAAUGUCUGAUGUCUGCUCUUGCUACUACUAGUAGAAUUGCAACUGAGAGAAUCGAGCAAUCAAAUGCAGCAGCUGGACAUGAUGCUCCUUGGUCUCAAGUCUCUCUUCUUGCCUCCCAAUUAAGACAAACUGCCUGACUUGGUCAACGUGGAGGUUUUUUCCGAAGUUUCUCAGACGUUCCAGUCUUUGUUUUGCACGAGGUCAGUCAAUUGGCUGCUCAGAGACCAUCCGCAUUGGGUGACUAUUUGGAAGUUACCGAAGUAGACCUCAGCACGAUACCCACCACUGACAUUCCAUCCGAAAAAAUUCGGAAUAUGAUCGUCUGCUGGAUUAACAAACAAGGUGAAGAUGCAACACUGGACAAGUUGUUGGAGGUGAUGCAGUUUAUUGGACUGUUGGGUGCCCUCAAGUCGAGACUCGCUGAGACAGUGGAGGAUGUUUAGUGAAGGACGAGUUGAUAUUAAUUGUUUGUCAUGUAGCAUCUCUUGUGUGUAUCCUGUGAGUCAACCUUGUUUGGUGUUUUAUUUUCUUUGGACAUAUAGGUAGUAUUAAAACUGUUUUUACCUAAUUAUCAUGUAUUGCAAUACAUUAUGUUUCUUUCUCUGUUAACA